AUGGAACACCAGCACGACACACUUGCACCGGUAACACAAUCGAACGAACCUCAGCAACCUGAAACGGAAACACCGGAUCAUAGGCCACUUGCAUCGGCCGCGGAUUCGCCUCACUUCCGACCGUUCGCGCCUACCAUGGAAGACUGGACGAUUAACUCGUCACUGGAGAUCGUUGACCGCGCUAGGCAAACGACCUCGAAUGCAAACGAACCUCGAAACUUUGGUAUUUUACAUAUUUCGGACCGCCAUCCCAUAUCCGCUUCGGGGCUAGAGGAAUACAAGUGUAAUGUGGCAUUAAUGCACGAGUUGGUGGAAAAGUUGCCGCAUGUGCUUCGGCUUGACUGGGCGCGACACCGUAUGCAGUCAAGCUCCGCGACACUUUAUGAUUUCAGUAAGUGGAUAGAGACGCAAGUCAAGGCUGCCAGUCUAAUAACUUUGCCGUCUCUAGAAGCCCCCAAGGAGAAAAAACCCGACAGUAGAAGUAGGACCCAUCACAUACAUGUGCAUGAAGCUACGGUGUCAGAUAGCAAACGGAGCCAAAUUUGUCUGUUGUGUAAGGGCACUUGCGUUGACCUGCCGCAUUGCAAGCAAUUCAUCAGACAAGGGGUCGACGAUCGAUGGGUGACCAUACGCAAACUGAAGGCUUGCCGCAAGUGUCUUAAAACACACACCUACAGCUGCAAGGGGAUGAAAGCUUGCGGAAAAAAUGGUUGUGAGUACCUGCACCAUGAGCUCCUACAUAAUGACGAACGCCAUAAAAAACCAAGCGAAAACACGGUGACCACAGCUGCACUGAACGCGCAUUCAGAUGUAACCGGUGACGUAUUUUUAAAAUACAUUCCCGUAAUGGUUUGCGGACGAGAUAAGGCUAUUGCAACCUUCGCCUUUUUUGACAGUGGAUCUACCGCUACCUUCAUGGAGCAUGGUCUUAUCGAAGAGCUUGGUCUGGAAGGAGAACCACAUCCUCUUUGUCUGAAAUGGACAGGCAACUCGGAACGCGACGAAUCGGGUUCUAUACGAGUAUCGUCAUUGAAUAUUUCGGGAGUCGGGCAAAACCGCAACAUGCAUGUAAUCCAAAAGGUGCACACAGUACAAAACCUAUCCUUACCAGCCCAGACUCUGUCAGCGGACCAAGUAACUGAACAGUAUGCGCACCUACAAGGUUUGCCAAUACAAGCGUACGAUAAUGCAAGGCCUCGUUUGCUUAUCGGCAUUGACAACUACCACUUGGCUCGACCGACUCGAUACGCGGAAGGUGGGAUAUAUGAUCCCGUAACGGCAAAGACUCCCUUGGGUUGGGUUGUAUAUGGCCCACGAAGUAAAAAUCUUCCAAAGGCCAAUGCUCAUGCAUUACACACCAUCCGAAUAUGCAAGUACGGUGCGGAUGCCGAUGCUAAUCUAGAUGCAGCGGUGAAAAACUAUUUUACGCUCGAAUCCAUCGGUAUCGUCCGACCUCUGGAAACACUUCGUUCGAAGGAUGAUGAGCGAGCGUUAAAGAUUCUCAACUCGGCAACGAAAUUUUCUGGCAAGCAUUAUGAAUCCGGAUUACUGUGGCGUUUUGACGAUAUUAAGCUGCCAUGCUCUCGUGAUAUGGUCCUGAGGAGAUACACAUGCCUGCGGAAAAGAAUGUCGAAAGAUUCAGCAUUAGCGAAGGCAGUCAUUGACAAAAUGAGAAGCUAUGAAGGGCAGGGCUAUAUUCGACGAUUAUCGCCUGAAGAACUGUCAAAGAAAGGCCCCAGAGACUGGUUUCUUCCGAUAUUUCCAGUCUUUAAUGUGAAUAAGCCCGGUAAGGUUCGUGUAGUCUUCGACGCUGCGGCGAAAGUCCAGGGUGUAAGCCUCAACACCUAUCUGCUGAACGGACCAGGUCUUUUGACAGGGCUUCUAUCCGUUUUAUAUAAAUUCCGUGAGCAUCGUGUGGCCAUAGUCGGGGACAUUAAGGAAAUGUUUUUCCAAGUCCGUAUGAAUCCAGAAGACCAACGAUCCCAGAUGAUUUUGUGGAACGAAAACGACUCUGCGGGUAGUGAGUCGAACGUCUAUGCGGUCGCGGUAAUGACUUUCGGUGCUGCGUGUUCACCGAGUACAGCUCAGUUCGUAAAAAACUUGAACGCGGAUCGCUUUGCCGACAAAUAUUCUCGGGCUGCGAAAUGUAUCAAAGAGGAACAUUACGUAGACGAUCUAUUGGCCAGUGCGGAAUCAGAGGAAGAAAUCAUCACGUUAGCUGAACAAGUCCGAUAUAUCCAUGCAGAAGGUGGUUUCGAAAUUCGAAACUGGUUGUCCAACUCGCCUCGUGUGACAUCACAUCUACAGCGUGAAGCUUCGCCCGAAGACAAGAUAGCCAUGUGCUCCGAUGAUCGCGUCGAAAAAGUGUUGGAACUGCAGGCCGCAGUCAUCGGAGCCCGUUUUGCUGCAGCCAUUAUCACCCAACACCGGAUAUCCGUUGAACGCACUUUCUACUGGACCGAUUCGCGUGACGUUGUGUGCUGGUUGAGAUCGGACCAUCGCCGAUUUAGCCAGUUCGUUGCAUUCCGAGUAGGUGAACUCUUGGAGAUGACUUCUGUUCAAGAGUGGCGCUGGUUAUCAACGAAGAUGAACGUAGCUGAUGAUGGAACCAAGUGGCAGAAGGCACCAACUGCAGAUCCGGAUAGUCGUUGGUUUCGCGGACCGGAGUUCCUGUGGAAGCCCGAGUGUGAUUGGCCAGCCCCCGAACAAUAUCCCACCGACACGACGGAGGAGGUACGCUUACACGUGAUGCAUCACACUACCAAUACGGAGCCAUGGAUUAAGCUCGAGCGUUUCUCAUCCUGGAACCGUCUGUUAAGAUAUGUCGAGCAACAACCACAGACUGAUCCCUUACUGCGUAAGGUAUAA